AUGUUUCUCGGACCCAGCUUCCUGGCCUGUGCCGCUGUGGCUUCUGUGGCCCUGGCUGUCGACACUGACGUGAACCCUAGCCUCGUGGCCCAGCUGCGCGUGGCCAACACCAACCUCGACCGCAUGAACUUGCUCCCCAACGACUCGGACUGGCUCUUUGACUUCACCAAGCAGGCUCAGUACACCUUCUCGCCUGGGGGGGUGAUCAACGCCAAUGCUGCGACGUUCCCAGCCACCGUUGGCCAUGGCAUGACAAUGGCGAUGCUCAAUCUCGGCCCCUGCUCCAUGCUCCCACCGCACAUCCACCCGCGCGCCGCCAACUUCGUGGUCGCCAUCUCCGGAACCACACAGACCUACAUGGUGGCUGAGAACGGGGCGCGCACCGUGACCGAGACCCUGCAGCCGGGCCAGAUGACCAUCUUCCCGCAGGCGUCCAUCCACACCAUGAUGAACAUCGGCUGUGAGAACGCGCAGCUGGUCUCGGCCCUCAACUCGGACGACAGCGGCACCACCAACCUGGCCAACGCCUUCUUCUCGUUCCCGCAGAACAUCUCCGGCACCGUCAUCGGCGGCGGCCUGAGCGCGCCGGACAUCGACACCCGCGUCCCGCCCGUCGGCACGGGCAGCAUCGCUGGGCCGCAGGCGUGUAUCGCCGCAUGCGCGAAGCAGGGCAAGAUGAUCAAGCGAGAGUGGUGA